CGUUUGUGUAGUUCUUCUGCGGUACUUUAGAAAGUUGCAGGUUUUGUUCGUGUGGUUUAUAUGAACAAUUAUAUUGUGUAUAUGCGGAAUAUGUAGAAACAAGGGCUGGUCAAAUUUAGCUCUUUUCUGCAUUUCGCAAAAUAGCGUUUCGUAUUUGGGUAAGAGAAUCAAGGAAAUCUUUGUGACCCAGAUCACGAUUCCUCAGGAAUUUCACUGGAGGCUACAGUGAGUUACUCAAAGAAUAUGGAUGAUGAGUAUGAAAAAUUCAUCAGGAGAAUGAAUCCACCGAGAGUGGUAAUUGAUAAUGAAUCCUGCAAAAAUGCAACAGUUAUACAAGUGGAUAGUGCUAACAAACAUGGUAUACUUCUUGAGGUAGUCCAAGUUCUUACUGAUCUUAACCUGAUUAUUACCAAGGCUUAUAUAUGCUCUGAUGGAGGAUGGUUCAUGGACGUCUUCAAUGUUACAAAUCAAGAGGGAAGCAAGAUAACAGAUGAAGCAGUUUUAGAUUAUAUUAUGAAGUCACUUGGUCCAGAUUCUUGCUUUGCAUCAUCUAAGAGAAGAUCGGUCGGCGUCACGUCUGGAGCGGUCCACACAUCCAUCGAGUUAGUAGGAACUGACCGACCGGGAUUACUAUCAGAGGUCAGCGCUGUCCUAACCAACCUAAAAUGCAACGUGGUGAGUGCCGAGGUGUGGACCCACAACACCCGGGCCGCAGCCAUAAUCCAAGUCACCGAUGAGGAAAACGGGGGGCCCGUCACUGAUCCCGAGACUUUAACCCUGGUUAAGAAGCUACUAUGCAAUGUGUUGAAGGGAAGCAAUAAGUUUAGGGAUGCUAAGACGCAGAUUAAUCACGGUGGGGUUACUCACACUGACAGAAGGCUUCAUCAGCUGAUGUUUGCUGAUAGGGAUUAUGAACGCGUUAAUGACGAUAAUCAUCAAGAAAGGCCUAAUGUGAACGUGGUUAAUUGGCAUGAUAGGGAUUAUUCAGUUGUGACGAUAAGGUGUAAGGAUAGACCAAAGCUUCUGUUUGAUGUUGUCUGCACUUUGACUGACAUGGAGUACAUUGUUUUCCAUGGCAAUGUCGAUGCCGAGGGACCCGAAGCUUAUCAGGAGUACUGCAUAAGACACAUCGAUGGCUCCCCUGUAAAAUCAGAUGCCGAAAGACAAAGAGUGAUCCACUGCCUUGAAGCUGCCAUUGAAAGAAGGGUUUCUGAGGGAUUGAAGCUAGAGCUUUGCACAACGGACAGAGUGGGGCUGCUAUCAGACGUGACGAGAAUAUUCCGGGAGAACAGCCUGAAUGUGAUCAGAGCGGAAGUCAGAACUCGAGGAGACAAAGCUAUCAAUACGUUCUAUGUUUGUGAUGCCUCAGGGUAUCCGGUUGACGCCAAGAUCAUAGAUUAUGUUAGACAAACGAUUGGGCAAACUAUCCUACAAGUGAAGGGUAUCCCGGAAGAGCUGGGUUCGUCAGCCCCUCAAGAGUCUCCGACCAGGUCACUGUUUGGCGGCAUUUUCAAGUCAAGAUCCUUCUGCAAUUUCCGGCUUGUUAGAUCUUACUCUUGAAGAAUUCAAUUACUAUUUCCUUCUCUUUUUUAUCUAUAUCAUAUAAUUAUAUAUAUUCAAUCAGGUCUUCUCUUAGGCUCUAUUAAUUAUGCGUAAGCCAUUUUAUUUAGCAUUUGAAGAUCUAUUUACUUAGAUUAAAAAAAGAUGUCAUUAGACAUUAGCUAGCCAAUGUAAAUAUGCUUCUUUUUAAAGUAGCCUUUUCUAGUCAUGGAAUUUCACUGAAUUUCUGUUAAGUGUUACUCUUGACGUGCUUCGGUUUGGUAAGGUUUAACCGUUAAGUGUUUAACAGGGUUAAACUGUUUCCUGACGUAUCUAUCGAAAUCAUUUAGGUAAUGUUUGGCAG